AUGACAUUUAAUAUUUUUUCAAUAAUCCCUCUUUGGUCUCGAACACAGCAAUCCGAUGGCCACAUUGGAGAGAUUGAAUGUAUUGAUAUGAACGUUGAUUCAAUAUCAACAUCUAAUCCAUUUUCUACCCGCAUCAAUGAUUUCUAUAUUGGAACUACAGAUGGAUAUACAUAUUCAUUUUAUUAUUGUGUCGAUUCAAUUGAAUAUUAUUAUUAUUAUUUUUCUUUCAUGAUUAUAAAUCAAAUUUUAAAUAUAUUCUAUCAACUAAUCGUCAUAUUGACGACAAUAAAAUAUUGUUUUUCUGAAAUACAUCAAGAUGAUCAAUUAUCUAAUCAAUUAUUUAAUAUUCUCGGUUCAUUACAACCAUUUCGUUCACAAUUUUGUCAAUUUAAAUUUGAAAAUUGUAUACAAGAUUCAUCAUAUGCUGAUCAACUUGAUAAUGAUUGUAAUAUAUAUUCACGUUUACGUGAUUGUUUUCGUUCAUUACUUGAUGAAACACAAUGUUUAACAAUACAACUUAGACGUCAAUAUAAACAAGCAAAACAAAAUGAAUAUGAAUCAUGUGGUAUAACAUUAUCAUUAGAAUCAAUUAAUUCAUCAAUUAAUACGUCCUCAUCAUUUAAAAUAAAUAUUAAUUAUCUAACAGUAUUUUUUCUAUUUAUUAUAUCUAUUUCAUUAUCAUUUAUUUAA